AUGAGAGAUCUGUGGGUCAAUGAUAAAAAACCUUUGAUUGAGGUGGACUACGAAGAGCUGGUUCGGAAGAGGACUCAACCAACGGUGGUAUUACAAACGCAGGUUGCGUUGAAAAAUGUAUUUGAUGGGUUGUUGUUGAGGAGACGGGAAGAGCAAGAGAGCGAAGAGGAAUUAAAAUUUACUCGAAUGAUUGGUAUUUUGAGAAUUGAUUUCGAAAAACCAGCUCAUCAACGAUAUUACCGCUUAUUGCAAGAAGCAUACGCUAUUAUCAGGCGAGAAUUUUCUAGUCGGGCUUUGAGCAUUAUUGAAGUUCCAGCUGAUUACGUGAAGCUUCUACGAGAGCCUUUCCAAUGCAAAGAAACUAAGAGCCCAUUCUAUCAAGUACUUUCUUCGGGUCCGAAUGUUAAGCUAUUGAUCGAUAUUUUAAAGAAUAUUGGGUUUGAGGAUAAGGAUGAAGACGAGCCGUCAUUGAUAUUGUUACAUUGCUGGAAAGCUAAUGCUAAGGAACACAUUGUAUCAUGUAGAGGCCCUCGUCUUGAAGAAUUGGAGGCCCUAGAUUGUCUUCAAAAUGCAAAUUCUCAAACCAUGAUAGGUCCGGUACUAAGCAUGUUCCAAGAAUGGAGAACUGUCCUUGGAGAUCGUGUAGAAAGUAAAAAAAUUGAAGGAACCAUAGAGGAUCAGACGGAACAUAACAUCAAAAUGCUAUUCAAAACACCAACACUCGUUACACGAGACAAAAAGGAAUAUGACACAUUGGAGAUUUUGCAAAAUAAGCCAAUCAUUGGUUUAGUUUUUGCGCCGUCAUGGUGUGUUGGUGUCAAACUUCAAAAACAGCAAGAAUACAUUGAGAAAGUUGUUAACUUUCACUAUGAAACAAAACAGACAUAUGGCUUGGAUUCUUUUGAGAUGAUAAUGGUGGAUGGCGAGCAAAACGAGGGUCGCUUGUAUGACUACAUGAAAAAGAAGCAAAUUGGCUUUCUAGCUGUGCCAUUUAAAAGUGUCAAGGCAAAACUGUCUCUUUCAAACAUUUUCAACCCAAAAAAUUCUGUCCCUAGAACCUACAUUGUAAAUCUAAGAAAAGGAAUAGUUCUGGAUGAAUUUAUACAUCAACAUAACGUGGAUAUAUUGGAAGACUGUUCUAUUUAUAUGGAAUGGUUAAAGGACUUACAAGGUUUCUAA